CCGGCCAGACCCUGGGCAGGGAGCCUGCUUCAGGUGUUAGUUUCGGUUCUGUGCUCUUGCCGCAGGCAUGGCGUGUGGAGGGGCUAGCGUCCUGAAGGCCGAGCUCACCUGCCCCAUCUGCCUGGAGCUGUACCAGGAGCCGGUGUCGCUGAGCUGCGGCCACAGCUUCUGCCGGCUGUGCAUUGAGGGGGCGCUGCGUUCGCAGUGCCUCGGGACCUGCCCCACCUGCAUGGCCGACCUGGGUGUCUCCUUGGAGGUAUACAACAACUUCUGUCUGCGCAACAUCGUGGAGGUAUUUAAGGCCACCGCUUCCGAAGCGCAACAGGCUGGAAGAGAAAGCCUCCAGCAGGACGAAGGCGCCGAGAAGGGGAAGACGGUGGUUCCCUGUGAGCAGUGCCUGGAUGAGCCCCAGCCAGCUGUGAAAAUCUGCCUGAUUUGCGAGGCGUCCCUGUGCCAGGCCCACCUGAGCAAACACAACGCCAGGGAUUUCCACCAGGAACACAUGCUGGUGGAGGUGGGAGAGGGCAAGGCGGAGGAGAGGAGGUGCCGGGUUCACGGCAAGCUGCUGGAAUGCUACUGCCUGAGGGAGGAGGAGUGCAUCUGCGUGCUCUGCUCCACGGCCGGGGCCCACAAGGGCCACGAGAUCAUCACCAUGAAGGAGGGACACGACAAAGAGCUGAUUGAACUCUUCAACACCAUGGCAGACCUGCAGGAAUCCAAAAGUGAUUUAAUUAUUGCCCUAGAAGAGCUUCAGGAAAGCGAGAAUCAGAUCAAGAACAAUACCGUAACACUGACUUCUGACCUGAAAGAGCUGUUUAAAAGUAUAAAGGCAGAGCUUGAUAAGAAACAGAGUAUGAUCCUGAGUGACAUUCAGUCUUAUGAGGACGAAGACCUGGCAGUCAUUGCCAACGCAAGGAAGGAAAUGGAACAGAAGAGAGACCAGGCUGAGCAGAAUCUUCAGGCUUUGCAGAUGAUAAAAGAGCAGACAGAUAUUUUCCACUUCUUCAGAGAUCUGAAAGUAGUCACAGCCAGGGUUGACAGUCUGGAUCUGCUCACUGUGGAUGUCAAGGUGGAGGCAGUGCAGCUCAAUGGCAGACUGAUGACCCAGUAUGAAACCCAGAAAAAGAGGUUUUUGUUGCAGCUGGACUCUCUGCUGAACGAUGUGCGCGAUCAAGAACGCCCAGAAGAUGAAGAGUGAGGCUUCACCUACUGAUACCUCUCCAGAAUGUAAGAGAGCAUUGUUGAGAAGGAACAACAUACAUACUUGUUUGAGAAUUUCGAUUCUCUUAGCUCCAGAUGUAAGGGAGAUGUGAAAAACAGAUGCCAGAACUGAGAUGGAAAGAAAAACUUGAAUAUUAUCCAAAAUUACCUCUAGUAAUGAGAACCUGCCACAUGUUUUGAUCUCCCCUCCUACCUUGAAUUCAAAUAAAUUCUGUAACACAUGAAAUUUUUUUGUAAGCACUAAGAAUUAAUAUGAAACUAAUAAAAUCUCCAACUGCUGCUGCAUUGCGA